GCUUAUCCUAGUAGUCCUGCUUGUUUUGCUCCCCUCACAGGUCCAUGCCUUCGGUGCCGGCAGUAUGUAUUAUCGUGCCUCAUCAGGCCAUGUUCACCAUACGGAAUGGAAGUGCUGAUGCUCUAUAGAUAUCGCAUCUAUUUCUGCUGUUGAAGGAAAAAACUGGCGCCAUGGCGAUAUCGAGGAUAUGCUCAAAACAAUCGCCUUCAUCAAAGGCCACAAGUGGACUUCGAUGAUGGUCAAGCGGGUAUACUUUGGAAACUGGCUAAGAGACUACUCCCAAGCAAUGGACGUUGGAACUCUUAAGAAUCUCCCUGCGGAUACGAUUCGCAUUCUCGUCUGGAUCCUCGCUUUCCUCAGCUUUGGCUAUGCUACGGAGGAGUUUGAAGUCACAUCGGAAAGGUUGGGGGUAUAUCGUCCGGAGGAGCAUAUUGACAACCCGAAAGACUACGCAGACAACAUAGAUGCCCGUCAAUAUGACUCUCGCCUUCGUCCUCCAGUCCGCCAGGUUGAGCUCGAUAUCGAUCCGCAGACCGGAAUGAAGAACUAUAUUGCCAAUGAGCAUGGAGACUGGGCUACAAGCUCUGCCUACGUCAAGUACAGCAUGAGCCGUAGUAUCCACUAUGGAAGAAUGUAUACCAACGGAGGCCACCACAAGGGCAAGGAAGAGGAUCUCUGUGAGGCCUUGAGAUGCCUAGGCCAGGGUCUUCACACGUUAGAAGACUUCGGGGCUCACACAAACUACUGCGAGCUGGCCCUGCGAGAAAUGGGAUUCCACAACGUAUUCCCCCACACGGGUACAGCAACGCAGAUAAACCUCCAUGGACACCAUGUAUUCCCAUUGGUGACGGGUACUUUCGGUAUGGUCGAUUUCUUCCACUCCGUGCUCGGAGAGGCUACGGAUCACUUCACUCAAUCAGAGGUUAAUGAAAUGGACAUUGCUCUUGGAAAUGCCGAGGCGAAUGCUUCUUCAGGUCCACUGAACAAUUUGACGGGGCUUCUAGGAAAGAUUCCUGGUACAAAGGACCUAGUUACGGAAGCACAACACCUUAAGCAAGUAUCAGAUGCCCAGGAGCAUGCCAACAGCAGUCGUGGUAUCCACAUGGGCUACCCUGAUACCGGAAGUUCGCGGGGCUUUGAAGCUCAGGGUCAUGGCUAUGAUCAAGGAAGCGGCUGGGCAGUGGACGAUCCCUACAGCCAGAGCCGUGCUCCAGGGCCAGGAGGAGUCCCAUCCCAGACGGGAGGCAAGCCUCCCUCGGGUUUGCCAGGAUUACCAGAUUUCGAUCCGCAGAAGACCAUUAAGCAGAUAUAUCCUAUCCUGCAGUUUAGGGACAAGGUUGUUCGGACUGUUUCAUCGAUAAUCGAGAAGAUCCCAGGUCUGGAGGCCUUAGUCGAAAAGAUCAGCGAGACCGUGACGGUCUUCGUUAUGUCUCUCCUGGCGCCCUUUAUCCGCCCUAUCAUCAACGCAGCAUCUAAGUCUCUGCAGACCGGAUCCGCUGGUGUCAUUGAUGCAUCGGGACAGCACCAAUAUGAACCUUGGACUGACCCUCAUUGCACCGACCCUACACACUCGCUGCUGUCUAAGGACCACUUUUCCAAUAUCCUUAAUGAGCCUGCUGGCAAUGUUGCCGCUGAGAUCCUCAAAUAUGCCGCUUCCCGGGUUCUGUAUGCCUGGCAGCACAUCGAUAUCCCUGUGGAAAAGGUAAUGGACGACAUUAUGCAUAUCUUUCAUCAUCCAGCUCUAAGAGACAUGAACAACGAGGUGCACCGGAACAUGUUUGAGGCAGUUCAGAACUGGGUUCAUUCUCGACCCGACCGCGGAGCCAGCUUUAACGACAUCCUCAGUGCAGAGGGCGUCAGAGCGGGAAAGAAUCAGACGGGUGGUGAUGCCCAUGGCCAUGGCCACAGUCAUGGAGCCGGUCAUUCUCAUGGUGGCAGCAGCUUUCCCGCUCUUGGAGGAGCUGGAGCUGGCUAUAGCCACGGCAGCUAUCCUCAAGCUCAAUCAUCCGGCGGAUCCUCCCUGCCCUGGGAGAAGCUUAACAAACUGCCUAUUCCAGGUCUGUCUGAGUUGAGCAAGAUAGAGGGCAAACUUUCAAGCUUCCUCGGCGGUGGCUCCAGCCGCGAGGCCGAAUCGAGACCUUACCCAGGUGAACAUCAACCAGCUCCGCCGCCGGGUGGUCAGUAUGGAGGUUACCAACAACCCCCUCCCCCUCAGCAAUACGGAGCCGGUCCAGGGCCAAGCUAUCCUCCUCAAGGCGGAUAUGAGUCCUACCACCACAGUCCAGGUCCUUAUGCUCCCGGGCCUUAUCCUCCACCAGAGCACAACCCGCAACAAUACGGCUACCAUCAAAGAUCUGGCUAUGAACACAACCCCAGCCACAGUCACGGUCAUCACCCUCAUAGUCAUCAUGGCCAUAAUCAAGGCUACGGCCACCAAGGUCCAGACUACGGACAUGCUGGUGGCCAAGGCGGCUAUGGAUACUGAUUGGUAUCAUUGAUACGACUCACGACUUUAUGUCAAUGUCCAAAUAACUCAAUUAUCUGUAUUUAUUACCCAUUAAAAACCUUCGUGUAUCUACUAUUCCUUUUUCUCUCAUUAUCUCUCCCAUUCGAUGCCAGCACUCAAAAUAGAAUGCGUAAGCAUUAUUGACACCACUUUCAACAAAGCUUUGAUAAA